GUGUUCUUUCUUGCCAUACACGCGAUGCAAUGAUGCAAAGCAUCGUGGGCUCCGAGGCAUGUGAACGACAUUGACAGUAGAGGUGGGAGAAACUGAUGAGAGACACUAUGUCCAGUCCUACUGGCACCGUGAAGGCGGAGGGCAUUAUGGUGCCUGAUGUUGGCGGCGCACCACCACAGGGCUGUCCAAUGCAUCGCAAUGUUAAUGAAAGUGUUCCUCCUCCAGAAUGCCCAAUGCAUCAGGCAUCUAGAGAUCACACGAAGAAAGCUCCAGAUGUACCUGCACAUCAGGACAGGGCUUAUGAAUUUGUGGAGUGUCCUAUGAGAGCUGCCAGUGGGACGAAACCCACACUGUCCGACAUCAAUCCAGCCAACAUGAUGCCUCCACCUAACCAGCAGCCUUCAGCUGAUCAGCCCUUUCCCCUGUCAGUUGUAAGAGAGGAAUCCACCAUUCCCCGUGCUGGAGCUGAGCAGAACUGGGUUUAUCCCUCAGAGCAGAUGUUCUGGAAUGCCAUGCUGAGGAAAGGAUGGCGCUGGAACAAAGAUGACAUAAACCAGAACGAUAUGGGGGACAUCAUCAAGAUUCACAAUCAGAAUAAUGAACAAGCCUGGCAAGAAAUCCUGAGAUGGGAGAAACUCCAUUCAAAGCACGAGCUGCCAUUUGAUCGGCACGACUGGAUUGUUGACCGUUGUGGAAAAGAGGUCAGAUAUGUGAUCGACUACUAUGAUGGAGGCCUGGUGUCCAAACACACCAUCCUCGAUGUGCGUCCAGCCUUCGACUCUUUAGGAGCCGUUUGGGACCGUAUGAAAGUGACCUGGUGGCGUUGGACCUCAACAUAAACUUACUGGACAUGAACUGUUGGAUAAACAGGAACUAUUAUUUAUAACCAAGUCUGUGGAAGGUUUUUUUUUUUUUGCAUUUGGAGUCAGAAUGGCUUACUUAUAUUCCUGUGAUGGAUCCAUUAGGUGAAAAUUUUGAAACUAUUUAAUAAGAAUGUGGCACUAUGUGCUAUUGCAAACUGCAUCAUGUAAUAAACAGGAAAUGCUGUUAAUCUUAUGAAGGUGUUCUGGUAUACAUUAGGAAAUGCACAGUUUGUUUUUUAGAAUCUAUAGUUGGCAAAUCAGUGCUGCUUUAUCAUAAGGCAUCCAUAAUAUUAACAAUACAGAGUCAAGUGGCUGUGUAAAUAUACACAAAAUCUGAUAGAUACAAGUUUUUCUUCAUUUACUACUCUUUUCUCAGACCAAUUAUAUUUAUUUCUGACAUAAAGUUAGUUAAAACAAUUUAUUGUAAUGCUCAUUAAAAUAUUCACACUUUUUUGUUUAAAACAGAAUAUAAAGAUGUAAUAUUUUGGAAAUUGAGUGGAUCAUUUGGAAUUAAGUGGACAUUGGUGCUUACUCUUUAAGUUCACUACAUUAUUUUAUGCUGUUCACAAUAAGCUGAAAGAAUGUAAAUAUUGUUAAAUAAAAUAAAGGUCUGGCUUAACUUAAAA